AUGCAAUCCAUAUUACAACCUUCCAAGUGCAAAUGCUAUGAUUUAACCUUACCAGAUAUAAACGAUAAUACAGAUGUUGAUAUUAACAAGUUAACUGAUCUAGAAAAAGCUAAGCUAACGCUAAAUUUAAGAACCGGUGCAGCUGUUAAUUUAUUUAGAUCAAAUUUUUUUGUUAAUGGAGGGCUGACAAUUCCAUUAAAUUUGAAGGAAUAUACAUUGAAACAAAUUUAUCAAGAAUUAAUACGAUACUUUAGUAUAAAAAAAACUGCAGAAAAAAAUUCUAGGGCAAACUCUAAUAAAAGGAAAAAUAGUUCUACCAUACAGUUGUACCAAGAUGAUGAUUAUUAUAAUAUCGACAUUAUACCAGAUCUACAUUCUUAUAUUUCCAGUGAAACAUUUAAUCUGGAUCUUGUUGAGAGAACUUGGGUGAGAGUGUCAACUACUGUUGUAAAUAACUCAGAAAACACAGGCCCCUUCUUCAAACCAAGAAUUUUGCAUACAAUCUGCUAUACAAAUGCAUACCUAUAUUUAUUUGGUGGACUGACUAUAUCAGACGGUGAUCCGAAAAUCUUAGUACCUUCAAAUGAGCUUUGGAAACUUAAUUUACAAACUAAAAAAUGGUCUUUAGUCGCAAAGGAUUCAAAUAUACCUGCGAGAUUUAGUCAUACUAUGGUUGUAAAAUAUGAAGAUGAUGACUCACAUGAUACAAAAUUAGUUAUUAUAGGCGGCUUAACUCAUUACGAUGUUCCUUUAUUUCAUAUCGACUGCUUCAAUCUUGUCAGCGAUAAAUGGGAAUAUCCAGAAACUAAUACUUCAAACUUAGUAAACAUAGAUCACAAACCUGUAUCAUUGAUAAAUGGGAAAACGUUUAUCGAAAUUGUUCAAGAUAACAAGGCAAAUGUGCCAACUAUUGUAUUUUACAAACCACUAGAAACCGCCGAAGACAAUGAUUCCUUAAUUGAUAAAUAUUUGGCUCCCUUUGCAGCACAGCCAAUCAUUACCAAUUCGAAGGGUAUGAGAUUAGAUGUUAAGUUCGAGCAAUUCGGUAGUGUUCGAAAAAUUCCGUACCAAUUACAAAUGCCAAUGGGCGCAUCUUUUGUAAAUAAUAUUGUUUUGGCUGGAUAUUUUAAAAAUUAUAAUAUGAAAAAUUUUCAUUGUUUGUGUUAUAACAUUCAAUCCAAAAAAUACAUUAAGUUAAAUAUUAAUUGUCCAGCAAUAACGAAGCAUCAGCACAGGUAUUGGAAAUUAUUUAUUUGGAAAUCUCACCAACAACUUAUUUUCUUUGGUUCAAAAUAUAUUGAUAAAUACUUACCGUCUGUUCAGAAAUUUGAUCAUAUAUUGGUUUCAAAUUUACCAAUUGCUAAUAUCUAUAAUCUAUCGAGUAAUUUCAACUGUAGAACCAAUAAUAUUCUUCAACAGAAAUUACCAUUAACCUCAUUAGAAAGUUUUUCAAACCCUAAUUAUAAUAAUUUUACAUUGUCUACUAAUACCUCAAAUACUAAUAGCAAUGAACUUAAUUAUCGUAGUACAAGUUUUACUAAUGUGGAAAUUCCAAACUUAAACUAUGGCACAACAACUCGUAGCAGCAGCACAACAAGUAAUAUCAGUAACACAGAAAAUCAUAAGAAAUAUGAAUUUUCUCAAUUUGAAAACUAUGUAAAAUACAUGACACCUUCUACCGAUUAUUCUUCUUUAGGGGCCGUUUUCCCAACAUAUUCAAUGGUUUUAGGUAAAGAUUUAAUGGAAAUUUUCGGACAAUCCGUCUCUGAUUUCUCUUUUAAAUCUUUGGAUGGUGAUUUGAUACCUAUUCCAAUAUAUUUGUUAAGGAAACGAUGGGGUAGAUAUUUUGACAUGCUCUUUGCUCAUUCUUACAAUGAAGUUUUGAAAGAUUAUGAUAAUAACGAUGAAUCAAAUUUUAUAUCAAGCUCAGCCUCAAUUCUAACGUCAAAUAUCGAUACCAGUAAUUCUUCCCCUAAAUUCUCGCUUCUAUCCUCACACUCUAAUCCAGAUCUUCUAAGUUGUGAAAAAGCAAGACCUAGAUCAAGAGGAGUAUCUAUUACAUCAUCAAAUUAUUCUAAUAGAGAUUCAUUUUCGAGUACUAGUAAUCCGCGCUCUAUGAGAAACAGUCUCAUCAUGUCAAGCUAUUCACCUAGGAAGGCUUCGAUCGAUAGUUAUCAUUAUAGCACUGCAUCAAAUAAUCUUGCUGUUCCAACAAGUAAUAAUAGUAAUAGCAACAAUAGCAACAACGGCAACAAUAAUAAUAGUAGUACCUUCUCAUCUCCAAUUAGAAACCCAAGUUUAUCUAAAUUAAAUGCAAUUGCAAAUAUGCCAAAUAUUUCCCCAAAAUCGACAAUUGCUAAUACUAAUAUUCCCACUACAAUGCCAAAUAUUCCAACAAGUUUAAGCAUGUCUACACCAACCACCGUGAAUACAUUAUUUAGAUCGCCAUUUAAAUCAAAACAUGAAGCUAAUGAUAUUGACUAUGAUGAUGAAUUAGCAAAGGAUUUAAAAAAUAAUAGAAAAGAUUCUGCGCAUUCACCCUUCCACAAUGCAAAUGAUGAUAUACACUUGAAACAGAAGAAUCUUUUGCAAUCGCAAAAUCCGACAUUACUAAAAAUUGGAGAUCAGGAAUAUGAAAUACCUUCUAGAAUACCAUCUCCAGACUUGGCUUUGCCGAAUAUACCAAUACUUGACGAUUCACUCACAACUAACCCAACUAGCGUUAAUUAUAACAGUAACUCACAUAAUAAUGCAAUGCCUUUGAAUAUGCCAGCAAAUGAUGAUACAUCAAUUCCAAUACCUUUAACCAAGUUUGCAUUUUCUCAUAUUUGGCAAGAGAGGCAGCGCCGUGGAAGCUUACCAGAAGCAUCUAUAACAUCAAAAUUAGCACAAUCGAAUAAAAAGCAACCAGCUGAAAACAUUAAAUACUUUGAUACCUCAUCAAACCAAUUGCCACAAUCAGGUUCCAGAGCCCGUUACAAUAGUGAGCCCACAAAUAUUAUAAAUGAAGAUAAAAACAAGAAUAACAACAACUACCUCAAUAAUAUUUCUAAUCAUUAUAAUAUCCCUAACUGUAAUUCACCAUUUCCCCCAAAUAUCCAAACACAUAAAAUGUUUUAUUGCAAUAGAUUAUCAACUUCUACAACACUUUCUACUGAGCCACCAUUUGCACCAGGUGAUAUGGAUUCAGUCUUAAUACCCAGAGUUUUAUACAUGCCUUGGUGUACAGCAACAAUAAAAUCCUUCGCAGAAUUUUUCUUCACGGGCCAGAUUAAUCCAAAGUGGGAGUUAGCACCUGUUAUAUUAAAUUUAUUAGUGAUUUCGAAAAUUUAUAAAGUACCUCUAUUGUAUGCUUUAGUUCAAGAAGCACUUUAUACAAUAAUAAAAAAAAAGGAAAAUCAUUUGAAGACUGUUGUAAAAUCCAAAAUGAGGCAAUAUCAAACUUUAUUGAAAGACAUCAAAAAUGAGGCAGAUAAACGAUUAUUAAAGGAUUUUUUAACUCAUAACACUAAUUAUAAUAUUUUAGUUGAUUUAGAACGCAUAUUAAGAGAUAAUGAAACCGGAUUUUUCGAUGCUAGUAUAGUACAAAAAAUUAUACCAACAUUAGCAAGCACUUCAGAGAGUGUAGAUCUUUCACAUAUAAAAUCAACGGACGAAAUUUUAAGUCACCCAAAUGAUAAAAACUACAAUACUGACAAUAAUUUUUCACAUCCACACACACAAGGGAAAUAUGUGGAGCCAUUUCUUGAUGACAGUCUUGAACUUAUCGCGAUAUCAAAUAGAAGUAAGCUAAGAAGUACAAACUUAAAUGAACUAAAAAAUGAAACAGUGUCAGGUGCAUCAUUAUUUGAUGAAAACUUUGGUUUUACGAAGGAAAAGGAACUAUAUUUUCAUGAGGAAGAUUUCAUUAUCGAAGAGAGUUCUAUGUCAGAGUCGUCAGACAUUGAGUUAGGAGGGUUUUCUUUAUCAAAAAUUAAAAGGGAAGUUACAAAGAAAGACCCUGAUGACGAUAGUGGUAUUGCAUGCUCCUCUAAAGGUAAACCCUCUACAAGUAAACUGAAUGGCUCUAAUUUUGAUAUAUUUUCUAAUGGUAGUGCUGGUAGCAACGAUGAUGACUCAAUUGACCCACUUACUAAAGAAGAUUUUGAAAUAUUUAAGCCUAAUAAUAAAGACUCCAACAAAAAGCCUGGACUGUUUGGUGACCAUUAUGAAAAGGCUCUAACUUUAGAACAGCUUACUUCAUCAACAACAUUACCUCCAGUAGACUAUAUUAUUAAAUCAAUAUUUCGUUGCUCUGCCCUAGUUGAUGACCCAAUUUUGACAAUUCGCUGUUUAGCUUGUUUGGAAGUAUCAACGACAUUGAAUACUAUUUCACAACGUACUGACAAUGAUUUAGCAAUUGUCCAAUCUCAAAUUGAUUCACUUUAUACCAUACAAUAA